AUGAUUCGGGACAAAGUUAUAGUCAACACACCACAUGAUGUUGUGCGAAUAAAUGCACUACAAAAAACAAAUCCCACACUCUCUGAAGUUAUGUUAACUGCUGAGGCGUUCGAGUCAACUGAAAAGACAAUUAACAAAAUCAAAGGAAAAUUAUUGAAUGAUGAAGUUUGCGUAGUGAAAGGAAAUGAAAAAAACAAGAACAGAAAAGAUAACGCAAAGCAAACAAUGCAAGAGAAGAGUUGCUCGUUAAAAUCUUGUUCAAGUUGUGGAAUUUUACACACGUGGCAAAAUUGCAAGUUCAGGAAAGUUUUGUGUAGAAAAUGUGGAAGAAAAGGUCAUAUUACUUCCGUGUGUAUGUCUGCUAAAAGCAAUAUCAAUCAAAUAGAUCAACAAGAAACAACAAAUUCGGAGCAAAACUCAAUAUCACAAAUUAAUUCAAUUUUGAAUGUGGAAAAUCUGCCGCAACGAGAAAACAAAAAAGUGUUUAUAAACAUUCUAGUUGAUAAUACGCAAGUGAAAUUUCAGAUGGAUUCUGGAGCAACUGUUUCAGUGUUGACGCAAGACACUUAUGAGCACUUAAAUAAACCACAGCUGUAUCCAUGUAAAAAGGAGCUAUUUGAUUAUGGAAAAAACAAAGUAAAGACACUUGGUGAAUUUUGUGCAGUGCUCAAGUGUGGAGAAAUGAAAAGAACAGCAACAUUAGUAGUAGUAUGCGUCCGGAAUGGUCAUAAUUUGUUUGGCACUGAUCUAUUUGAACUUUUUGGAUUUGAGAUUCGUCAAAUUGCCGUUAUAAACAAUGAUUCUCAAUUAAAUGAAGUACUGGAGAAACAUAGAAUUGUUUUUGAACCUGCUUUAGGUACAAUUAAGCAAGUUAAGGCCAGGUUGCAUUUAAAACAGGGCGCUGUACCAAAGUUUUGUAAAAGUAGGCCGAUUCCAUUCGCACAAUUUGAAAAAUUUAAAACAGAAGCACAAAGAUUAAGGGAUAGGGGCAUUUGGAAACCGAUAAAAUUUAGUCAGUGGGCUUCGCCAAUUGUAUUGGUUACAAAACCAGAUGGGUCUCUUCGCAUUUGUGGUGAUUUCAAAACUACAGUAAACAAGCAAAUCGAUGUUGAUCAAUAUCCGUUGCCGACACGUGAGAGCUUAUUUCAUAUGGUUCGAUAUGGGAAAUUUUUUUCUAAGAUUGAUUUAAAAGAUGCAUAUCUUCAAAUGGAGUUGGAUGAUAAAGCAAAAAAUGUGUUAGUUGUCAAUAUACCGCUGAGGCUUUUUCAGUAUCAGCGUCUACCUUUUGGUAUUGCCAGCGCACCUGCGUUAUUUCAGAAGUAUAUAGAACAACUUAUACAUGGUACAGAAGAGUGUGGAAAUUACAUUGAUGAUAUCAUAAUCGCUGCUGAAACGGUUGACAUACAUCUUAAGCGGCUGGCGGAAAUAUUAUCACUUUUAGCUGAAAAUGGCAUUCGUUGCAGGCGAACAAAAUGUGAGUUUUUGGUGGAAAAAUUGGAAUAUUUAGGCAGAACCAUCAGUGCAAGUGGUAUUUUACCUGAUGAGAAGGGUGUUCAGGCUGUAAAGCAGUUACCGCGGCCGAAAAACGUGAAAGAAGUCGAAGCAUUUCUUGGUAAACGGCACAUAAUAGAAGCAACUGAGUUGUCACAUUUUCAAGAACAUUUGCCUAUCGUUCUUGCUACUGAUGCAUCAUCUUAUGGUAUUGGAGCUGUCAUUGCUCAUCGACAUCCGGAUGGCUCGGAACGACCUAUUGCAUUUGCUUCAAAAACACUUAACACUCAUCAAGUUCGUUAUAGUCAAAUCGAAAAAGAAGCACUUUCGAUUAUUUUUGGAGUUACACGAUUUCAUCAGUAUUUAUUUGGUCAUAAAUUUAUUUUGGUCACGGAUCAUAAGCCUUUAGUAAGCAUUUUCAGCCCAGAUAAAAACUUGCCAUCAAUGUCUACACAUCGUUUACAACGUUGGGCUAUAAUAUUGAUGUCUUAUCAAUUUGAGAUUCAGUAUCGUAGAACUGCAGAUCACUCAAAUGCUGAUGCCUUAUCACGUUUGCCUUGUGGACCAGAUCCUGAGUUCGACAAGUUUGAAUGUUGUCAUCAAAUAGAAAAUUACGAUACACCUAUCAAUGUCAAAUUACUACAGCAGCAUUACAAAGACGAUCGCACGGACGUUACUCGAGUCGUAGUACCUAAGUCGUUGCACCAGUCAGUCUUAAAACUUCUUCAUGAAGGCCAUUGGGGCGUCGUUAAGAUGAAGCAGCUUGCUAGACAGCAUUGCUGGUGGCAUCAGAUAGAUGAUGAUAUCGAGAAACUUGCUGCACAAUGUAAUAUAUGUCAAAUAGCGGGCACAAAUCCGAAUCAACAAUAUCACGAGUGGCCAAAACCGGAACGACCAUGGCAGCGAGUUCAUAUAGAUUUUGCUGGGCCAGUGUUCAAUUCUAUGUGGCUAAUAGUUGUUGAUGCUUUUUCACAGUUUCCAUUUGUGGUACAACUUAAGACUACCACCUCUAUGGAUGCUAUUGCAGCGUUAUCAACAAUUUUUUCGCUUGAAGGAUUACCUGAAACUAUAGUUACACCAUUUCAUCCUGCAUCAAAUGGUCUUGCUGAAAGGUUUGUCCGCACAUUCAAAACAUCUGUUAAAAAAAAUGUUGAUGAUGGGUUGUCAUUGACUUUGGCCUUAGUAAAAUAUCUAGCUACAUACCGUGCGAUUCCUAAUGCUGAAGGGAAGUCACCGGCAGAGUUGCUACACGGCAGAACUCCACGAAUUUUGCUUGCAUUACUAUCAGCAUCAAUUAACAAUGAUAAAACCGUAAAGUGUUCAACUAAAUUUUUGCCAAAUGAAAAGGUAUAUGUCAGACAUUAUGGUCGAGGUCCGAAAUGGGUUGAAGCUGUGGUUGAGAAAAAUUUGGGAAACAUGGUUUCUUAUGUGAAAACAUCCAACGGUUAUGUGAGACGGCAUCAAAAUCAAAUGAAGUGUCGUUCGUCGACAAGUUCCGCUAAGACCGACACGUCUGAGUGGUAUAUUAUGCAAUCACCUGUAGUGAGGCAAGAGGAUGACGCUACCAUGCAUCGCUCGAAAAUGGAAGGGUGUCCUCAGACGACAGAAGAGUUACCACGUCGUAGCAUUCGCGUCCGUGUGAGGCCUAAUCGUUAUCAACCUUCUUAA